UGCGUCUUUUCUGCCUGAAGUAUCGUUCUGAGAGUGUUACUUUCAAUUACUUUAGUGGAAUUUUUCUUUCAAUGGAAUAAUUUUUAUAGAAUAUAAAAAUUAGUAGUAUAUAAGAGAUAUAAGCAGUGUUAAUUGUAUAUUUACUAACACAAACGUAUAUAUUUUCCUGUCAAAAUGAGAUAUGCACAGCUAGUAAUGGGUCCAGCCGGCAGCGGCAAGUCUACUUACUGUUCAGUUAUGCAACGACAUGCUGUUGACUCGAGAAAAACAGUAGAUAUUGUAAAUUUAGAUCCUGCAGCAGAAUAUUUCAAUUAUGAGCCCUUAGCAGAUAUAAGAGAUUUAAUUCAGUUAGAUGAUACUAUGGAAGAUGAUGAAUUCAAUUUUGGACCCAAUGGUGGACUUGUAUUUUGCAUGGAGUAUUUAGUUGAAAAUUCAAGUUGGCUAGAAGAGAAAUUAGGUGAUGUAGAUGACGAUUAUAUAAUAUUUGACUGUCCUGGACAAAUUGAAUUGUACACUCACAUGACUGUGAUACGAGAGCUGAUAACUAUCCUACAAAAACUUAAUUUCCGUAUAUGUGGAGUAUUUCUGAUAGAUGUUCAAUUUAUGAUAGAUGCAUCAAAGUUUAUAUCAGGAACUCUGGCUACUCUUAGUGUAAUGAUAAACUUGGAAAUUCCACAUAUUAGUAUUCUUAGCAAAAUGGACUUGAUAUCAAAGAGCACACGGAAAAAAUUAGAUAGCUAUUUUGAUCCCGAUCCAUAUAGUUUAUUAGAUGCAGAAGAAGAUCCAUGGAACGAGAAGUAUCGCAGUCUUACAGAAAGUAUUGGUAAAGUUAUAGCAGAUUAUAGCUUAGUGCGUUUCUUACCAUUAAACAUUAAGAAUGAGGAAAGUAUCGCAGACAUAAAAUUAACGAUCGAUAAUACCAUACAAUACGGUGAAGAUGAAGAUGUAAAAGUUAGAGACUUUGACGGACCAGAAGAUAACGAACUAAAUGAAUCUUAAUCAUUUUGUAAA